UCCUAAAGCGGGUUCCAUGCCCACUAACAGAUCGGUCCGCCGCCUUUUCCAGCCCAGGCGGGAACUUCAGCCCCCAAUCUACCUACCAGGUUGAACAUCCUCUUCACAACUGAAAAACCUCCGGGCUUUUGGUCGACAAGCCCUGCGGUCUCGCGUCCGCCGCGAGUCGAAAAUGCCCCUUCGAGUCAACAUCCCUCCGGCCACUCGCGCCGUUCUCAUCAGCUUGUUGGCCCUCUCCCUCCUCUACAACAUCGCCAGAUGGCGCCAACUUGACACCUCCGCCGGCAGCGUUCAAACCAGCCCCAUCAUUCCCUACCUCACCCUCGUUCCCUCUCUGUUCUAUUACUACCCCUGGACUCUACUCACGGCUACCUUCGUGGAGCAGAAUAUCUUUACCGUCUCCCUGAACGCUGCCACCAUUUUCUAUGGUGGGAAAUACCUCGAGCGCGCGUGGGGGUCUCGCGAAUUCAGCAAGUUCAUCGUUGCCGUCGCGCUGAUCCCUAAUGUCGUGAUCAUUCCCUUUUAUCUGAUCUGGGGUGCCCUCGGUGGUUCCUCAACUAGAGGUCUCACCCAGAUCUGCGGCGGCGUCGCCAUCCAAGCUUCUUUCCUUGUCGCCUUCAAGCAACUCGUUCCCGAACACACGGUCGCCAUUUUCAAGGGUCUGGUCAAGAUGCGCGUCAAGCAUUUCCCUGCUCUUUUCCUACUCCUAAACACCAUCAGCGGCAUCGUCAUCGGAACCGAUACCGCCGCCGUCCUGGCCUGGCUAGGCCUCCUGUCUAGCUGGACCUACCUUCGCUUCUAUAAGCGACAGCCCGAUCUCACCGGCACCUCCACCAAUGGCCUCGGUGUCAAGGGUGAUGCCAGCGAGACCUUUGCCUUCGCAUGCCUGUUCCCUGACGUGAUGCAGCCCCCUAUUGCAUUCGUCGCGGAUCAGAUCUACGCCCUGCUGGUCGCAGUGAAACUCCUGACACCCUUCUCGGCGGAUGAGAUCGCCUCGGGAAACCAGCAGGUCCUGGCUCGUGGUGAAGCUGGACUCCCCACACUCCUAAGCAACCAGCGUGGAGGAGCGCGGGGCUCUGGCAAGCGUGAGGAGGCUGAGCGGAGACGUGCUCUGGCACUCAAGGCUCUGGACCAGCGACUACAGGCGGCGACGGGCGGACGAACUCACCCUGGUCCGUCGACAUUAGGAGAGCCCUCUUCACAGCACCGCCCCACGACACCGACGCCGUCGGCGCCGACUGGGCAAGCUAUGCUGGGAGAGACCAGCUAUAACCCUGAUCAUGCAUGAAAAAGGCGCAGCAUUUGGACUGUUUGGACAUACUUGCAUGUUUAAAAAUUGGGGGCCCCUCGGCUUUGACGAACUACCCCUUAAUUGUCUUUGUUGCUUUGAUAUGCCCUUCUGAUGAUGUAUAUUGCGCACCGAUUUCUUUUCCUCAUAUCUUGUCCUAAAUCUUGAUCUUCCAUUAUUCCAAAUUCCUCGCCACAUGUGUGACUUUGUGAGAGUCAAUGAUUCUUUUAUGACGACCAAGGGCGAUUGCUGCCUGUCUUAUUCAGAUUAGGGACUUUCCUCAUUCGCUUUAUACCAACCGACAGCGAGAGCGAGCAUAUUGCAAUGAUAGAUUUUGUGAUUUCAAGAAAUGAUUGGUUAAUGUGCCAUCCGAAUGGAUUUGAUGAGACUUUUCUAAGGUACACAUGGUCAAGAAAUACGUAGUCGCAAUGAGACCACCAAAAAAAGAUCAAAGAUGCUAGUAUACUAUGCUACAGGUGAUCCCUCCAGUCCACCCAUCACGUAGGUAGGGCAGACGGGAAGAGACCAGAAAGGUGUGAUGGACACAUCCCCAUGCCCAUCCACACCACAUCAGAGUCAAACCUCAAAGGGCAAUCGAAACACCUCACAGCUCCCUCAACUUCUCUACCUCACCACGAGCCUCGGCCAACAUGCGCUCCUGGUCCUUCUUCGCCUGCCGCAUACCCCGUAUACGCUCACGAUCUUUACCCGCCUUAGCCGUAAUAGCCUCCAACCGCUUCCGCUCCGCCUCAUCCUCCGCGCUAGCAGGGACCUCCUCCGCCCCCGUCGAAGCCUGCACCCGACUCCAAAUCUCCUUGUAGCUGAGAUCCUUCAGGUCCACGACGGCAGCCUUCUCACCGCUUUCAGGGGCCGGCGCGUGCUUGUCGGCGAUCUUUUUGGCGCCGACGAUCGCGGAGGCGGUGCUGCUCAGGCGCUCGGCAAAGUAGAUUGUCAGGGCGGGAGGGGCGUUUUGGUCGUCUGUUUGUUGGACGGUCAUUCGGACGCCCGGGUUGUGGUACUUUAGGCGCGGGAGACAGUUGCGCCAGAAGUGACGGGCGCCUUGGUGGCCGUUGUAGAUCUUGCGGGCAUAUGUGAGGUGCAGUCGGGUUACCGGGGGGAAUUCUUUUGUGGCGGAGGUUGGGCUGGGGAAGAUGGCGGCGCCGGUGCCGGUUCGGAUGUCGAGGAUCUAGGGCGUUGGAGGUGUUGUCAGUUUGGAAUUAGUGGCAGGUUUGAAUUUAGUGGGAAUCAUUUGGGAUAGG